AUGAAGUCAACAACACUGAAUAUCGCACGGUCCCAAGCAGUCCCCAGCAAUGACCUGCCAGUGAACCACUCCCAGGCAAACACACCCUGCAGCUGUAUGGCCGAUUAUCUUGGAAAGAAGCGAGCGUGCUGGCUCAACUCCGAACCGGCAUGGCAAGUCUCAACGGAUAUCUCUAUCGAAUCAACGUUGCAGACACAGACCAGUGUGCGUGUGGACAAGCGAGAGACCGUGUAG